AUGUCGACGCCAACCCAACAACCGUCGGCGCUGAACGUCGGGGUGCCCAACCUGCCUUAUUUCACGCCUGCUCAUAUUGCAAACCCAGGCACACCAACCCAGAUCUCCGCCGACACCCCGACACUCUUCACCCCGUUGAAAAUCCGGUCCAAGACAUUGAGAAAUCGCAUCAUUGUAGCUCCCAUGUGCCAAUACUCGACCGCGGCGUUUGGGCCCGACAUUGGCAAGCUGACAGACUGGCACGUGGCCACCUUGGGCCACUACGCCAUCAAGGGCGCGGCGUUGGUCAUCAUUGAAGCCACAGGAGUACAGCCCAACGGACGAAUCUCGCCGAAUUGUCCUGGCCUAUGGAGCGACGAGCAGAUCGCGGGCGUGCGGCGAGUGUCGGAUUUUGUCAAGUCUCAAGGCGCGCUGUCUGGAAUCCAACUUGCCCAUGCUGGACGCAAGGCGAGCAGCUCGGCGUCGUGGGUUGCGGCCGCAGUUGAGACCAAGCGGCCCACUGUCCGUUCCGACCGCGACGUCGGGGGCUGGCCAGACGACGUGGUGGGCCCGAUGGGAGGGCUGGAAGAAACCUGGGACGGCAAAGGGUUGGCCGAGGACGGGAUCUUCUGGCCUCCAAGACAGCUGAGCGUGGCCGAGGUUCAACAGGUGGUCAAGGCCUUCGGAGAGAGUGCGCGGAGGGCAGUCGAGGCGGGCAUCGACGUGAUCGAAAUCCACGCCGCCCAUGGCUACCUCAUCCACCAGUUCCUCAGCCCGGUCACCAACCGACGGACCGACCAGUACGGCGGCAGCUUCGAGAACCGCACUCGCCUGCUGGUCGAGAUCAUCCAGUCGAUCCGCGCGCACAUCCCAGACACCACGCCUCUGUUCCUUCGGGUCAGCUCGACAGAGUGGCUGGAGGGGACGGCGCCGGCGGAGAAAUGGGGAAGCUGGGAUGUCGAGAGCACCAUCCAACUGGCCCGGCUGCUGCCCUCUCUGGGCGUGGAUUUCCUCGACGUCAGCAGCGGCGGCAACCAUCCGUUGCAACGCGUCAACAUGUUUGCCUCCAAGGACUACCAGAUCAAGAUUGCCAACCAGAUCCGACAGGCCAUCAAGGCGGCCGACCUCAAACUGCUCAUCGGCGCCGUGGGACUCAUCACCGAGCCAGAGCAAGCCAGAGAUAUCGUCGAGGACGGACAUGCCCAUGCGCAUGGAGUGGACCGCAGCAUUGGCGAGGAGGCCGCUGCUGCAAACGAACUGACCGAUGCAAAGGGUGGCAAGGAGCCCCUGGCGGACGCCAUCCUCGUGGCGAGGCAGUUUCUGAGGGAGCCCGAGUGGGUGUUGAAGGUGGCGUGGAAGUUGGGUGUCGACGUUGCGUGGCCCAACCAGUUUUUAAGGGUGAGAUUCCCUAAGCUGUGA